GGCCCGUUUGUCACUCUCUGUUCCUUCGUUCUCUUAAAACGAACUUCAAUCUACUUACAUACUAACAUUGUUAGUCUAACAAAUAAUAAAUAAUGCAGCGUACCAAGCAAAUGGCUUGUAAAUCUACUGGAGGGGUUCCUAGAAAUUUGGUUUUCCCAUGCGUGCAUAAUUCCGGGUGGAACAAGGCCAACGACGCCAGGGUGGGGUUGUCGACGGAUUUAAGCAUUCUGCUAAAAUCAGGGACGUACGCUGAUGUCACGUUGAGAGCGAGCGAUGGCGAGACCUUCCCGGCGCAUAAGGCCAUCUUGUCAGCGCGAAGUCCCUUCUUCUGGGCAAUGUUUGAAUCCCAGGUGUCCGAUGGUGUGACUCGCCACGUGAUUAUUGGCGACAUGAGUGGGCCGGCGUUAGGAAUUUUGCUCAACUUUGUGUACACCGCGGAAUUCGAUUCGACAGGGAGAAAAGAUGGCCUUGUUUGGCAGGACGUUUAUGCCGAGGUGCUAAGUGCCGCUGCAAAGUACAAGCUUCCGAUAUUGAAGGACCAGUGCGACCAGCAUCUCGUGAAGGUUUGCAACGCGGACAAUUCUCUUGCCCUCCUUUGCCUCGCCAAGCAACAUAAACUCGUCCACGCGGAGGAGGAGGUCAAAGAUUGGAUCGCGGACAAUCUGGACGACGUCCUUGAUGCAGACCUCUGAGGGGAAGGGAACCAAAUUUAUUUUACUACAUUAUUAUUUGUAAUAUUAUUAUUUUUUAAAUAACGUUUCAUUCAUAAGUUGUGAGCGGAUGGUAUUUUCUUCGCCUUAUUCACCAUGUCAUUUUUUUCUACAAUACUAUAGCCAAUACUAUUCUUAAGUUUGAAAUUAGUGAGGUUUGGACCUUAAACCUAAAAUACAAGAGUUUUCAAGAGCUACCGGCAACCUUAUGUCUGUAUGUAAUUUUGAAUUAUGCGCUGGUAGUUUAGUUUUUGUAGACAAAAAAUGUAAUGCUACAUAUUUACUUUGCGAAUACAAUAUCAGCAUUGUUUUAGAGGAAGGGACAAAUUUGUCGGUACAAAUAAGUGUAAAUAGCUAAAUAAAGUACGAGAAAUUCGGUAGUCAUAUUUUUACUUACACACAUAA